CAUUCGAGCCGUGAUCUGGCCGCCGGCGCGCCGGUCAUUGGUCGAUCCGGCGACGCAGAAACGUGCGUCUCGUCAAAUGGCUGGCCCUCUCCCCGGCGUGCUCGCGGCCGUUCUCCUCGUCGUCGCCGCCGCGGCGCCGGCGUCCGCGAAAGACUACACGGUCGGCGACUCGUCGGGGUGGGUCCCCGGGGUGGACUACACUGCCUGGGCCAAAGGCAAAAAGUUCAGCAUCGGCGACACGCUGUUGUUCCAGUACAACGGCCGCGCGCACUCGGUGGUGGAGGUGAGCGCGGCGGACCUAAGCUUGUGCUCGGCGAGCAACCCGCUGCGGUCGUACAAGAGCGACGACGGGAUCACCACCAUCACGCUCACCAAGCCGGGCGCCCGCUACUUCAUCUGCGGCGCCACCGGCCACUGCGCCUCCGGCAUGAAGCUCACCGUGACGGUCGAGUCCCUCUCCGGCGGCGGCAGCAGCAGCAGCAGCAGCAGCGGCGCGAGGCCGGUGAAACCCGGAGAGGAGGCGCCGUCGGACGUGGAGCCGGCGGCCGCAGGGACGACGACGGCCAGGACCUCCUCGACCACAAGCAGUGCCACCGGCAGCCGGGUCCGCACCGCCGCGUGGCUGCUGUUCUUCGCCGCUGCGAGCUUUGCUCUGAUAGGCUGAUGGCCGCUGGGGAAAGAGGCAGUGCUGUUUAUAAACUUCCGUUCCUUGUGCUUGUCUGAGGCUCGGAGCUGCACAUCAUUUUUAGUUUUGUAUUAUGAGCUAUCUUCGCUGUGUUGCUCAAAUAAACUUGGUUUUAGUGUCCGCUUUACCGCUAUGGUAACGCAUUCUUGAGCUACUGGAGUAUCUUGUUUCUUGCAGACAAUAAAGUAUUUUGAAAAAAAAUGUACUGUGGUGUAUUGUUUGGUUAUGGCAGUAUGCUCAUCAUGAAUUGCUGUAUUUAAUUAUUUUU